AAGAGUAGGCAUUCGUCUAUGUCCGAAAGUGGAGCGCGCCGUAAAAACUAGAAUCCACCGUCGAAAUCGGUUGGCCGAGCGCGCUCGGGCGCUUUUCGCGAUAACGCACUGGCGUAACGCGUGCCGAGACGUUUAAAUCGGUUAGCGGAAUCGAAAAUGCGAGGCAGGCGAGAGACUUUUGUCGGGUUUAUCACAGAGAUCAAAGAAAUCGCGAUGCAUUUGAUACGAUCAAAUGUAAGACAGUGGUAGUGGGGAUGAAUAGAUAGAUUCUGUAUUGUAACGAGUACAUAUAAGAGGCAACGAUCGGCUGGGUGAAACGUUUAGUCAAGGUUGAGCGCUCUCCUGUGCGGUGUUUGCUCGCGCAACAUGAUCGGCCUGAAGAAGAAGGUCCUGAUAGGCGGGGUGCUCGCUGUCAUACUGGUGGGUGUGAUCAUCGCGCUGUUGGUCGUGUUUCUGGUUAAUAACUCCGAAUCGGAGACGGGCAAGAACUUCAGAGCGUUCGCACAGGCUGCGGUAUCCACGAACGGGCAAGAAUGCGCGCAGAUCGGCGCGAACGUCCUCUUCAGAGAUGGGUCCGCCGUGGACGCGGCGAUAGCUGCGCUCCUGUGCGAAGGAGUCGCGUCGUUGCACAGCAUGGGACUGGGCGGUGGAUUUUUAAUGACGAUUUGGGACGCGCGCAACAAGACCGCGAGAUUCCUGGACGCUCGCGAGACGGCGCCGGCGAAGGCCAAAGAGAACAUGUUCGAGCGGAAUUCCUCGGCGUCGAUGUACGGUGGACUGGCAAUCGCCGUACCUGGCGAACUGUUAGGCUAUUGGGAGGCGCAUCAGAGGUACGGGAAGCUGCCGUGGUCCGAGUUGUUCGAGCCGACCAUCUCAUUAUGCGAGACUGGCUCUUUCGUGAAUGACUACUUGGCCAGGUACUUGGUCAGCAAGGAGUCGCUGAUAAGGGCGGAGAGUUCAUUGGCGGAGAUCCUGAUCAAUCCGGACACCGAUUCCCCGUGGAAGGCGGGCGACAGGAUAAAGCGACCGCGUCUGGCGGAAACCCUGCGGUUGAUCGCGAAGCACGGGCCGCAGAUAUUUUACAACGGCACCAUGGGCGAGAAGCUGGUCGAGGAGAUCAAGGCGGCGAAGGGUAUCGUCGAGAUGCAGGAUCUGCGGGAUUACAGGGUGAAGUGGAAGAAACCGAUCGAAUCGAGGAUCGGCAAUUUGACGAUCAUCAGCGCGCCGCCGCCGGGGUCAGGAGUGAUUCUGACGUUCAUCAUGAACGUUCUGCGCGGUUUGCUGCCCGUCAACGAUCAGCGUAUCAUGUGGCAGCGUUUCGUGGAGACGCUGAAAUGGGCGUACGCUCGGAGGACCGAGCUGGGAGAUCCAGAUUUCGUCGACGGUGUCGAUUCGCUGGUCGACACUUUAAACUCCGUCCAGUAUGCCGACGAGAUUCGGGGGAAGAUCAAGGACGACCGAACCAGCAACGAUCCGAGGCACUACGGUGUUUUCAUGGUGCCGGAGGAUUCGGGGACGUCUCACGUGUCUGUGCUGGCUCCCGACGGUUCUGCCGUUUCGGUGACCUCGACUAUCAAUCAGGUCUUUGGCGCCAUGUUACGUUCGAAGUCUACUGGAAUAAUAUUCAACGACGAAAUGGAUGACUUUAGUUCUCCGAACAUGACUAACGGAUUCGAUCUCCCUCCGUCUCCGGCCAAUUAUAUUCGACCCGGGAAAAGACCAAUGAGCUCUAUGUCUCCGACGAUAAUUGUCGACCACAACAAAAAUGUCCGCCUGGUGAUCGGCGCCGCUGGCGGCUCAAAGAUCACCUCUGCAGUCGCGGGCGCAAUGGUGUUGAACCUUUGGUCCGAGUACAACAUAAAGGAAGCGGUCGACGAACAUCGAAUUCAUCACCAGCUGCUGCCUAUGGUCGUUCAAAACGAAGCAGGAUUUCCUUCGAAUGUGUUGAAUUACUUGUCGAGUAUCGGCCACAACGUUACUGCGUUUACCGGAAUCGGAAGCGCGAUCACGGCUGUGUCGCACCAACACGGACACGUAUUCGGCGUCUCGGAUUUCCGGAGGCAGGGAAGAACCGCUGGCUUCUAGGACGCUAAUAUUCUACGUAUCGUCGUUCCUCCGUUGCAAGCGGAAACUGCGUAAAGAAAGCGAUCGCUGCUUAAUGACAGUUCGUUUAAGAACUAUGUACAAAACGACGCGUCGAUAGUCCCGAAUACCUCGUUACAAGUCGCAGCCUAUCUUCGCGCGUCGAUCAGAUUAGUUCGUUUAACAAGUAUUAAUAGAAUAGUGAUUUG